AUGCCACUACCAGUAAAAGACCAUAGAAAAGACAAUGGAAAAGACGAGGGAAAAGACCAUGGAUAUUCGAGACACGUCAUUGGAGUGAUAUUGGGAAUUCCAUUAUUGUUUUUAUUAAUAAUUUGUCCAUUCCUAGAAUUUAUAAAUAUUCAAUAUUCUCAAUACAUUCCUGGUAAAGCCAAAUUAGGAAAAUUUAUUGUCGAGGGUUUUGCUGGUAUGCUUGAUUAUUUGCCGAGAAAAGAGGAUAUGAAAUGGUACAAUAAAUGGUUUGCCAGCGAAGAAAGUUCGGAAAAUGAAUUUAUAGCUAAUCAAACAGAUGUGGUAGAAUGGGUACAAUCAACCAGAAGAGAAACCUUUGCAAGAUGA